GUAAUAUCUAUAUAUAGUCUUUUGAGUACUGUAAUGAGUACAUGUAUAUAAAUAGUUUUUCGUAAAUCAAACUUUCAGCAGACCAGUUCUAUUUCCUAUGAAGUUGUAACGUUGAUCAUCAUUUGACGUAUUUUGUGAUAGGAUUUUUAUUAUUAAUUCAAUCAAAUGAACUGAAUGGACGGAAAUUAACCCACUACGCGGGAAUAUUGACUCUGGUAAAGUGACGCAGGUGGAUUAAGCUUCACACACAAAAAGUACUUCUGGGACAAGAAUAUUGCCUAUGAAGUUAUCUGAUACAGGCAUACUGUUGACUGGUUGACACUUUACAGAGCCACCUCCAGCAAAUCAAGCAGUUCAAGCAUUAUUUGUAGACAUGGCUGAACAGACGACCAACACGUGUACCUACAGGGAAGCCAAGGACUUCGUCAUGACGGCUGCACACACGCCCAACCCCAAGACUAAGUUACCCAGUGGGGCCCAACAGAACGUAUGGAUGUGCCUCAUGAGCGCGCCCAAUGACAACUAUAAUGAAGUUUAUCCCAACAUUAUCCUGGGAGAUUACAAAUAUGCAAAAGACCCAGACAAGUUACAAGAGUUGGGUGUCACCCACGUGAUCAACUGCGCGUGCGGGAAAAAGUACAACAUGAUCGACACGUCUCAAGACUAUUUCCAGGCGUCUGGGAUCAAGUUCCACGGGAUAGCAGCCACUGAUAUUAUGACGUUCAAAAUGACUCCACAUUUUGAGGCUGCAGUCAACUUCUUGAAAGAGGCAUUAGAAUCAGGAGGAAAGGUGUAUGUACACUGUAUGUCCGGCGUGAGCCGCUCGACCACGAUAGUUAUUGCGUACUUAUUGUCCGUAAAAGGCGUCCCUCUGAUGACGGCGCUGAAAAUGAUCAGGGAUAAACGAAAGAUCAUGCCCAACGAUGGAUUCUUGAAGGAGCUUGUUACUUAUAACAAUAGCUUAUUUGGUGGUGAUGCUACGGAUGAGUAAUGAACACAAAACACUAACUUAACAUUGACCUUGAGUCUCAAGGUCAAUCGUAUUGGUAAAUGGGGCCCGAUAGAGAUUGUAUAGUAACACUGCGUGUCUCAGCUGUAACUGUGUCACUUAGCUCAUUUUUUCAAACUCCAUAAAAUUAUAGAACGGCAUAAAAAGGUGCGUCGGGUAAUGCAUAGGACGGUGUUAUGUGGUCUCACUUCAAAGGUCAAGGACACACUUAGUGGUCGAUGGGACCAUAUUGGGAUUUUAUAUCAUUAACUUGGGUCUUAGCUGUAAAAUUGUCCCUUAAACACACUUUAAUAAAACCCCACGGAAUGGUAAACCAGACUAAAGGAGUGUCGCGUAGAAAAUUGUGAUCUCACCACAACUUAGGUCAAUUUCUAUGGAUUCUGAUAGGGAUGUCAUAGUGAUAUUGUGCGUCUCAGCUGAGCAACUUGGGCAUGUGUGUAGCGUAUAGAUGCAUGCUUUAAAGUCAAAGGUCAAUUUCACUUAAAUAUUUAUGUUGUCGAAUGAAAUAUGCACAUGAUGAUAUUUUAUGUGUGUUUGAGCUAUACCUACAUAACACCUUGUAUGUCGUUAUUCAAAAUGUACUGCUAGUACAAGUGGCAUUAUUCGCCUGACAAGUUCCAUCUUGUAUAGUAUGUUUUUGUGUGUGUUUAUAUACAUGUACAUGCAACUAUCUUUGUGUAUACUGUAUAUAGGCGUAUGAUUCCAAUCUCAUUCAGCAAAUUACCGGUAUGUUAAUCAAACUGUCAUCUUUAUAUGCAAUAUGUGUUUACGCUUUAUUACAUGUAAUUUAUUUCCAUUUAUUUAUUUUUUUAUUUUCUGAUAUCAAAUGUGUUAUUUUUGUCUGUUUUUCCCUUGGCCAUUGCCUACAAUAAACAAAACACGUUGUA